GGAAUGGCUAUGAGAAUCAUAACUAUGGAUCUGACUGUUGUGGUUACUCAUUUUUUCGUUCGUCAUUGGCAUCGCAUGGCUUCAUCGUCAGCGCUCACUGCUGAAGUGAUUACUAUUUUUGGACUCUCGAACCAAAUCGAGGCAUUACCGCAGAGUCUUGCCAGGAUUGUCAUUUAUCAGUACGACUUAUGAAUUUCAACGACAAACUCUAUUCAAAACAAGGAAUCCACAGCCUAACAAAAGGGCACACUGAAUAUGUCGAGGUACUCAACGCCUUUGGAGGAAUCUACACUGGACAGCUUCGAAGCAAUGCUGGC